AUGGCCGACGAGGAUACCAGCACCAACCCCCGCGACCUUCGGGCCGCUCCUUCCACCCACAACCCCGACUCUGAGGACUGCUGCGUCAUCUGUCUCGAAGAAAUUAGCGAUCCCUGCGAGCUCGCCCCCUGCGGCCACUACAACUUUGACGUCGGCUGCAUCGGCACCUGGCUCGCCGUGAGCCGUCGCUGCCCGCUGUGCAAGGUCCUUGUCAACCAAAUCAUCCGCGGCCCGCGCGGCCUCCCUGGCCGUCCCAUCAACGACAUUCGCAGCCCGGGUGAAAUCCUCCUCGCGCAGCUCUGGCCAGGUCCAUCCUCACACACCCCCGCAACGCGUCGUCCCCGGUACACACCCGCCGACUUUGCCGCCGCCGGUGCCGCAUACGCCCGCAGCAUGAGACGCGCGGCAAACACCGCACCCCGCGACAUUGCGCAUCGUCGCGACGUCUACCCGCGGGGUCUCCUCUUCAUACACGUCGACUCGGGCUCCAUCAGCGGCUACCGCGAGCUCCCGCCCGCGCUGCUCCACCGCGAGCCGCAGCUCAUCACGCGCGCCCGCGCCUUUCUCCAACGCGAGCUGCGCGUCCUUGACUCUGUGCCGGCCGAGCGCGCCGCCUUUCUCAUCGAGCACGCCGUGAGCGUGCUCCAGAACCGGGAUAUCGGCACCGGCAUGGGGCUGCUCGAGGUCCUGCUGACGGCAAAUCUGGGCCGGAGCUCGGCGCGCUUGCUGUCGCACGAGCUGGGGGCGUGGCUGCGCAGCCCGUACGCGAGCCUGGAGGAGUGGGAUGCUGCGGUGCGGUAUCCGCGUCUUGGCCGACAAGCGACGGCAAGAGUGGAGGAGGAGAGGCAGAAUCGCCUCCGGGAACAACAGGAGAUGGAGAGACGACAGCGGGUGCGCAACCGGAUUGAGGGGGAGUACAGGUUUGGCGUUUGGCUACCGAGUCGCGCAUAUAUGUCGCACCCUGGCAGAUUUGGCGGACCCAGCGGAUACGGAGGGUUCUCUGCAGAUUUGGUCUAA